GUACAAAUAUCUUCUCUGAAAUUUUCGCGAAGAAAAGUCAAGAAAACAUCAUCUUCUCCCCGUUUUCCAUACAAACCUGUCUAACAAUGGUUCGCCUAGGUGCUACUGGACAAACAGCCGAAGAAAUGGACCAAGGUUUGGCAUUCAACGGUCAAUCUGUCGAUAGCAUAGCUGAUAAUUUUCAUGCUCUGCUGGAGAAAUACGAGAGCAGCAAUAUUCUGAAAAUUGCCAAUAAAGUUUAUGUUCAGCAAAGCUUUGAACUAAAACAACACUACAAUAAGCUGUUAGCCAAUAAAUUUUUCUCUUCCUCGGAAAAUAUUGACUUUAGUCAAAGCGGUAAGGCCAGUGAAAUAAUAAAUAAAUGGGUCGAGUCGAAAACUGAAAGUGCCGUCAAGAACCUCAUCAAUGCCAAUACACUGCCCAGUGAAACCCGUCUAAUGCUGCUAAGUGCCAUUUAUUUCAAAGGUAAUUGGCAAAAACCUUUCAAUCUGAAAUAUACCAAAGAGGAACCAUUCUUUACCGAUGAGAGGAAUUCCAAGAAUGUGACUAUGAUGUUCAAAGCUGGUUUUGCCGAAUAUGGUACCCUCGAUGAGUUGCAAUCCACAGCAGUUCGAUUGCCCUAUGCCAAUAGCGAUCUUUCUAUGGUGGUAAUUUUACCCAGAGCUCGCAAUGGGUUAAGCGAACUGAAAGAGAAACUUAAAACAUUCAAAUUGGAGUCCAUGAAGGAAAAAAUUAAAACCAGCCGCAGAACUGUUCACUUACGUUUGCCAAGGUUUAAGGCAGAAAUGGAAAUUGAUUUGAAGGAUACAUUGCAGAAGAUGGGCAUGAAAAAAAUGUUUAUAACUGGGGAUUUUGGCAAUAUGCUGAAGUCGUCAGGACCCAUAGCCGUUGAAAGUGUAAAGCACAAAGCUGUGAUAGAGGUUAAUGAAGAGGGCACAAUAGCAGCUGCCACCACGCGUAAGUACAUAUUUCUAAAUUACGAAAACUAUAUUCAAUUAGCAGACAAUAUUGGACACUUUAAUCGAUCCACGGCUACUCGGGAUGUUGUGACUAAAUUUCGCACCAAAUUAACAUUGUUGGACAUUAAACCACCCCCACGCUUACGUAGAGUGCGACCUGAAGAAAAUUUCGCAGCUGUAUCGGCCAGUGUUAAUGAUGACCAUCAAUUACCUAAAAUUUGGCAUAUUGCCGGCAUGCUGGCUAUUUUAAGUUGUACUGCUUCCCCAACGCCUGUCAUUGAUGGGCAAAAGUUCUCGCAGAGCCUAGACUAUUUCAGCAAUAACAUGUGGAGUGAAAUAUACGAGACAAAAGGCCAGAGCAGCAUAAUUUACUCACCCUUUUCCAUACAGACAUGCCUUACAAUGGGCCGUUUGGGUGCCGAUGGAGAAACAGCCAGGGAAAUGGAUCAGCAACUGGGAUUUACCAGCCAAACCAGAGAAAACUUGGCGGAAAAUUUUCAUUCCAUAUUGGCCAAAUAUGAGAAUAGCAACAUUUUGAAAAUUGCUAACAAAGUCUAUGUGAUGAAGGGCUAUGAACUUCAGGAUAAUUACAAUCGAUUGCUCACCGAUAAAUUUUUCUCUGCAGCUGAGAAUGUAGAUUUUGCUGACAGUGCCAAGGCCAGCAAUACCAUCAACAGUUGGGUGGAAACUAAAACUGGCAAUACCAUCAAGAACCUCAUUAAACCGGGUACUCUGUCCAGUGAUACUCGCCUUUUCUUGCUGAGUGCCAUCUAUUUUAAGGGUGCUUGGAAGAAUCCCUUUGAUCCAAAACACACUGAAGAAGAAGAGUUCUUUGUCAAUGCUGUAGAAAGUAAGAAGGUGCCAAUGAUGUUUAAAAUGGGUACCGGAGAUUAUGGCAGAUUGGCUGGUCUACAAGCUUCGGCCGUACGUUUGCACUAUGCCGAUUCUGAUCUCUCGAUGAUGGUGAUUUUACCCAACGAACGCUAUGGCUUAAAUGGUUUGAUGGAAAAUUUAAAAGCCUAUCCGUUGGAAUCUUUGGCUAGAAAUGUAACAUACACCAGUCGAGCCAUUGACAUUUUCUUGCCCAAAUUCAAAGUCGAAUUAGAUGUAAAUUUGAAAGAGAUUUUACAAAAGAUGGGCAUGAAUAAAAUGUUUAGCAGCAACGCUGACUUCAGCAAGAUGUUGAAAUCAUCCACACCCCUUACUGUGGGAAGUGUAAUGCACAAGGCAUACAUUGAAGUCAAUGAGGAGGGUACAGUAGCUGGUGCGGCAACGGGCAUGGCACCGAUGGCUAUGGCAGGACCUAUUGUCUUUAAGGCAAAUCAUCCCUUUUACUACAUCAUUAUGACUUCAGAUUUUGUACCAUUGUUUGAAGCUCAAAUUCUUAUGGAACUUCUUAUACUUAGCACAACACUCUCUUGUGCUACAGCCCCACGAAUCACCUACGAACAGCAGUUCCAAAACGCUUUGAACUACUUCAGCACAACUAUAUUUGAGGAAAUUUUCAAAUCCAAUGAGAAGAGCAAUAUCAUCAUUUCUCCCUUCUCCAUACAAACAUGUCUGACUAUGACACGCAUGGGAGCUGCUGGAGCAACUGAAACCGAAAUGAAUAGAAUCCUAGGAUUUGGCAAUCUUCCGGUAGAAAACGUUAAACAAAAUUUCCACUCCAUCCUGACCAAGUACGAAAAAGGAGGUAUUUUAAAACUGGCCAACAAAGUCUAUGUUGCUCAAGGACAAGAUCUGCUAGAUGAAUACAAUGAAGUUCUUUUGGAGAAAUUCUUUUCGUCUGCUGAGAAUUUGGAUUUCACUCAGGGAGAAUGCAAUUUACAAGCCUCUGCUGUACGCUUGCCCUAUAAAGAUUCGGAUUUAUCAAUGAUGAUCCUGUUGCCAGACUCUCGCAAUGGAUAGUCGGUUCUGAUUGAGGAACUUAAGAAUAAACAACUAAAGACAUUAACCCAGGGUUUGGAAUACAUCGAUGACUCCAUUCCCAUAUCAUUGCCUAAAUUUAAGGCUGAAUUAAUAGUAGACCUUAAAGAAGUUCUACAAAAGAUGGGUAUGAGAACAAUCUUCUCAGUUCCAGAUUUUAGCAAAAUGAUAUCAAAUCCUGGGGUUCUGAAAGUGGAAAAGGUCAUUCAUCAGGCUGUCAUCGAAGUAAACGAAGGGGGCACCACGGCAGCUGCCAUUACUUUUUUAAGUUUGUCGUACGGCCUUCAUAACCUAAUACCCUUGCGUUCAUUCAAUACCUCAUCAUAG